AUGCAGCACUUAGUAGUCUGGGAUGCUGUUACCGAUCUGGCAUUACAUUUUCUGGCAAAAUUGAAAAUUCUCACCGUCAAGGACAUCGAACGAGAAGACAUAAAUUUUCUGACCACGAUACUCGGCUGCCGUCCGAUCGCGAGCUUGGAUCAUUUCGUUCCCGAAGCUUUGGGAUCAGCUGACUUGGUGCAGGAGAUCAGCACCGACGGCAGUGGCAAGGUGGUGAAAUUCACGGGCGUACAGAACAGCGGCAAAGCAGUGUCGGUGCUGUUGCGCGGCUCCAACAGGCAGGUGCUCGAUGAAUCGGAACGGUCUCUGCAUGACGCUUUGUGCGUCAUCCGAUGUUUAGUGAAAAAGAGAUUUAUGGUAUGCGGCGGUGGGGCCCCAGAGAUGGAGGUUGCAUAUCGCCUGCGCGAAAUGGCAAAUGCCAUACCGGGUGUCGAGUCGUACUGCUGGAGAGCGUUCGCGGAUGCGCUGGAAAUUAUACCGUAUACUUUGGCGGAGAAUGCUGGACUGAAUCCGAUCGUAACUGUCACCGAGUUGCGCAACAUGCACGCUAGCGGUGAAAAGACAGCCGGCAUCAACGUUCGCAAAGGUCGAGUUACAAACAUGGUGAACGAAAACGUGUUGCAGCCGCUCCUGGUGUCGACUAGCAUAAUCUCUCUUGCAACGGAAACCGUGAAUGCCGUUCGAAAUUGA